CAGGGAAUCAGGAUGUUUGAGGCAAAUGCAAAUAGCACCAUGACCAAACUACGUACCGAGUAUGAUCCAUGGGCCUAUGACAUACUAAAUAUCAACGCGAACAAUCGAGAAAAAUAUGACGAAGAAGAUUGCUUAGAUUCAAAUAAUUCUAUGAUCACUGAUCUUAUUACAAAAAUCCUUGAUGACGAUGACCAACAAAAUGCAUCUGUACAAUACCAGUCUGAAUAUUAUAAGCCACUUGGCCCACAGACAAUUGAUGGAUUGUUACCUUCCCUCGGACAGCUGAAUGUCCUUCAGAGACAAUAUAAUGCUACUGAAAACAUCACGUCUGAUCGGUCUCUUGACGAAAAAAGCUACGAACAAUACUGUACCGAAUCACACGCUCUGAGUUUGAACGUGUGCACAAGAAAUAGCUUGAAUGGAGAAAAUUCCUACUCUCACAGCGUAAUCAACGACUUACAGAGGCCUCAACUCCAACAAAAUCUAUUAUCACCAACAGACACUGGUUAUCUAAAUGGAAACAGAAAUUAUGCACCAUUGUCGAAUGGGCUACUGACUACGACGAAUGGAUUAACUAAUUAUAAUUCAGAGUCGUCCAACUGGGCUGAGGCACUACAACCUCCAAAAUACUCCAAAGAUUUGUUUGGAAAUUAUCAUCCGGUUCAAUUACAUCGAGGGAAUCCCGAGUUCAAUUUGAACUUGUCUUUAAAUUCAGCUCAAGAUUCGCCAAGUAAUACUGGCUUGGGUGAUUUGGAUUUGCAUGGGAAUCCUAGUCAGCAUGGGAAUACCAAAUCGCAGAAUAACCAGAUGCUGAACGUUCACGACGCCUAUAAUGUGACGACCACAACUCAAAAUUAUAGACCAAACUCUGCUAUGACCGAUCUCAGUGCUGAUUCUGGAUUCUUGUCCAACUCCCCGCUGCAGCACUACUCACCAGCUGAUACAAACUUGCAAAAUUGUACUCCUAAUAAUUUCCAGUCCGGAAGAUAUGAGGAUUACAGAGAUUUUCAAGACCUGAAUAACUUGAGUAUGAUGAAUGUAACCAACAAUUCUAUUUUUCUACAGCAGCAAUCUCAUGCUAUCAAGACAGAGAGACCAAUGGAGCAGAGUUACAAACAAAUGACCAACUGCUAUCCCACUUUGAACGAUUAUGUCACUAUGCCAAAAGUAUGCCCUGGAAGUUUUGAAUGUAAUUCAUCAGCUGUGAAUAUGGAGCAGCGGAUGAACAAUAACUUACCAAAAGUUACGCUCAGUUCUAAACAAAGAGACAAUCCACAAGUAUAUUCCCCAAUCGGCUUUCCAAGAAAUUUGACAUCUAGGAACCCUAGUGACGUACACAAUAAAUAUAACUACCAAACAACGAAUGGUUACCGGCGUUUCACAACUAAUAAUGCUGAUACACUCAAGGCUAUGUCAGCACUGAACUCUGCUAGAAACAUUUAUCAGAACAACAUGAAACAACAAAAUGUCGCGUACAAAAUGGACUCAUUUGAUCAAUCAAAUGAGCUCUCAUACCCCUCAUCUAUGCCCAUAGCUGCUCCAAUGACGGGAAACGCACAAAAUGGAGAACUGUUCAACCAAAUGUUGAAGCAACGUCAGCUCCAAGGAAUGCACAGUAUUCCACCACCCGAUGUCCUAUUUAAUGCAAGGCUGAUGCAUGCUAGAAACGUGUUUUCUACCGUGAUGCCAGUUCCUGUACCUGUGUCAGCACCACCGCUACAUCCCAUGUCCGAUUUGUUCGGUGGACUGAGAAAUACCACAUCCAGGCGCUCUGGUCCUUCCAGCAUUUUGCAUCUGAGAUUGGAUCAAAACUCUGAACAGUUCAAACAGCUGGAAAAAGAACGCAAAAAGUGUGAGGCUGGCUUAGCUGCUCAUUUUCCUGGUAAACGAGUUACCAGCGCCAAUAAUAUUCCAAUACCUCGUUUGCAAGGGAAUCCAUCACGUGUCGACCGUCUCAUCAUUGACCAUCUCCGGGAACAUGCGCGUGUUAUUACCCUAGUAGCCAAGAUGGAACACCUUCGAGGUGCUACGAUGAAUCAGCGUGUCCAUGAAGCUAUGGAACAUUGGCUGGAUGCAAUCAAGUACGUUCAAGAACGUCGUAGACAAGAAACAGAGAAUAUGACCAAAAGACAGAAAGAAAAUCCACAUUGCAUUCCCAUGAGUGAUGAGAAAGAUAUAUUAGCACUAGCAGCAAGCAUUCAUCAACUUACCAAAGCCUCACGCUUUGCCAGAACUGGUAUGUAUAACGCUAUGCAAGCAACACUUUUGUACGAUACCGAAUUGGAAAAGAAAGUUCUCGAAACUUGCAACGAUGCAGCUUUUGCAAUAAAGUCAGAUGUGGCUAGCAGUGCACACCUUGCCAGCCACGUUCAAUGCGCUUAGAUAGUACGACAAAACGUGAUUAAACUUCAAGCGCGGUUUUACACGAAGUAGCUUGAUAGUUUUUUUAAUUGUUAGAUGUUGAUUCAUUUAGUUUAUAUUGUUAUAGUUUAUUCAGCGGUCAGUCCACAAAACUAACUGAAAUUUUAUUCGAAUGGCGAGUGAUACUAACGUCUCUCAAUACGUACUUCUGAUUUGCGUUCGUUCGUUCGCAACAUUUCUCGUUUCCCCUUCAAGCUGAUCACUUCUGACACAAUUCUGCUAGGAAGUUGUGGUUCAGCGGCACCUUAAUGUUGAGUAACAAUCUUCUAUAAAUAACGAACUUCGUUGCUGGAAAGUAUUAUUCGAUAUGUCAGAUAAAUACGCCACUACUGCUACAAGCAAAGGUGGUGACAUCGUGGAUGCACGAUAAUUAGAUCUACACUGAUAAACAUUAAUUGAUGAUAUCAAUCCAAUUCAGAACGAUAGGGUUUAACGGUUCCUUUAAGUGUGCAUCACGGGUUAUGCUUGCAUCUACGUUGAUAUUUUAUAUCUGAGAAAAAAAAAAACUGAUAAUAGCAGUUCAUCACACGGGAUUAAAAUUUCUUAAUGUCUUGCUAAGGCGGCAUAUGCGGUACCCCGGCUGCCAACUUUUCAAAUGUCUCUUAAUAAGAACAACGUUAGAUGCGUAUUAUCAGUCUGUCAGUAGUUUUUUGUGAUAGUUUCCACGUUUUGGUUGUUCUUAGCAAUUACAGAAGUUUGAAGAAAUUCUGAAGUUUAGACCAUAAGUGUAAAAAAUCGUUAUUUAGCUGAAAACUAUAACAGAGAGAACACGUAGCCAAAACGCUAGUUAGAAUUCUUAGAAUAGAUGUAUGUGGCCUUUCUUAAGUGUGACCCAAAAUGUGUGACAUUUUUUAUAAUUUUCAUCCGAUUUCCAAGGAAAAGUGUUUCCAAGUAACAUGAAAUAUAUGUAGCUCGUCAAAUAAUAUUUCAAGAGAAAUGACACGGGCAAUCAAUAUCGACGUUACAAAGCAAUUUGAAUGCUGUCCACUACACUAUGUAUUAUUAUAUUGGCAAUAGAAUGAAUAAGUGUAACGUGCUAAACAUUAUGAAGUAGUCACAAAAAGAAUGAAAAGAAACACCUAAUUUGAGGAUUACAUACACAUAAAAAAAAGCGUAGGUGCUGAAUUCCUCGUUUAUCUUCACAACAAGCUCCUAUUUAUUACGUUGUCGCGUACAGCACAUUUUAUAAGAGUUUUUGGCCUAGAUUUUUCAUGGCACUCGCAACCAGCUGAAUCGCAGAGUUCAGAAUGACUCUGAUCUUAUAACACUAUUAUACGAUCUCUAAUAUUUUAGAAUGUAACUCUGACAUGGUUGAGCAUUACGGUUUUAUUAAAUGGCCCGUGUAUCGAUAUGGUUUUGCGUGGUGUACUAGUUUAGUAAAUUGGAGAAGCAUAUGGGCACGUCCACAAAAAAACGAAUACUGUAGCGACACGUGUUACGGUUACUAUGAUAUGCUCAUUUUGAACAUUUUUAUGACUCGAUCUUGCGUCCGCUAGUUAAAUAUUGCGAGCAAAGCUUCUUGCUUACGAAUAUAAAUAAAUAUUUUGAAUGAAUUUAGAUAAAUAUCAAACUAAAACGUAGGUGUAGGUGAAUAGCCAAUAUGUGAACCGAAAUUAAUUUAACACACGAUCACAAUUCUAUAAACGAAUGAGCGUAAUAAAAACCAUUGUCACGAACCAACAGAACGAAAAUAAGGAUUAAUAAAAAUAUGUAACUAGACGUUACUGGCAUAAACUUCAAAGUAGAUGCGGUGCUUCUAAAAGUUCUCUUUUGGCAUUUGCAGAAUUAUUAACUGUGAUAACUUUCAUGCCAAUACUGUACAUUAUCCUAAAUUCAUUACUACUCACUGCCUAUUCGUCAUCAAAUACUAACUGGAUCUGAAAUUUUAUAACUUUCCAAUUUGUCAUAUCCUUAUGUAGUGUAAAGAUUAUUGUGAAGACUAUUAUCCAAUUCACUAGUAAAUACAUACUAACACGCACCAGCUAUAGUACUUAAAACUGAGGACUCUGAUCAUGCUCUUACGUACAACAAAAUAACAUGCGUCUACCCUGCCUCGCACCUAACAAGCGAGCAACUUUAACUGAUUGUAAUGUCGAUAGAUAUUGAAUAUUUAGCAGGGUGUUAGAUAGUUAGUUGGUUAGUUAGCUGUCGUUAGUUAGUCCCGCGUUUAACAGGGUGGCCAUAAUAUCUCUCCGAAUAGCCAUGGACUGGCAUUAUUUUGUAAUAUAAUGCAUAAUAACAAAUGUCUCGAUCCUUGAAGGAAUUCCCCCGCUGGGCUAUUACUGUCUAUUUGGGAUCUAUAAUGAAUUAGAUGAACGUUUUAUAGAAUUUUGGGUAAAGUUCGGUAGUUUUAAAAAUUCGGUAAUUAGAAAGUUGAUCAAAUGGAGAGAUGAAAGUGCCAGGCCUGCAUAAUAUUAUGUAACGCAAUAUUCAUAAAUAGGUAAAAUCCGAUGGUAAUACUGAAUUUAUAGAGUAUAGCGCUCGUAGGUAUAUGUCCGACAAUCCUAUUUUAAUUGCAUGUGAUAUUAAUAAAUAUAUAAGAACAUUAACAACAAAAACAUAUUUAAUAUAUAAACUAAUAUUGAACAAAAAUGACCAAUGUUAAGGUAUGAUAUCGUAAGCUAAUACAGCUUGCAAAGCUUACAUCUAAGCGUCUGAUAUACAUACGUACGUAUACCACAGACAUGAUAUAUGUAUCCACUACGUAUAGAUCAGAUCAUACACUGAAUAUCCUAUAAAUUGUUACCAUUGAUAUUGAUAUUAUUAUUAUUUUAUUAUUAAAAAUAUUUGUCAUCCGUGGAAAAACGUAUUGAUUACACGUAUAAAAUAACAUAAAUAACGUAUAAUGAUUAUUGCUGUCUUAUAUAUAAUAUGUUUGAUAUAACUCUCGACUAAUCGGUGUUACUACAUGCUCCUCUGGUGUUGUAUUUUUCUAUGGUUCAGUAGAACCAUCAACUCACAAACUUACUCUGUUUUGCCACUCCGUCGUUUGAGACUUUACGCAGAGAAAAAAUUCUUACUUUUUAACAAAUGUUCAAUAUACUUUAACACCACAUAUACCUAACAAGCACAAACGGUUGACCGAUGCAAAGAUAAAAAAAAACUUCAAUAUAUUAUAUAAGAAACACUGUUUUCACAGCCAAUUAAAUGAAGAUCAUAGCUGCAGUUGUCGAUAAAUUUACUGCUUUACUAUUCGAUUUAAAAUUUAAACAGUCAUUGUAUAAGUUAACAUCAUGGGCUUGAAAAAAUUUUCAUUUGCUAAUGGCAUAGACAUUCAUGUCUAUUAUGUAUGUACAUUAUUUCUUUACCUAAAAAGCACACAGAAAGAUAGUAAAAAGUGGUUUUAAAUCAUCGAAUAACUCAUACAUAAUUCAUUUUCUUUACAGAAAGACUUUUUUGUUGCAUUUCAAAAGCAUUUCUCAUUUUUACUUUUCGUUCCUAUUGGCAUGUUCUAUACCUUGAAAUUGAAACGGCUAAUCGAAUGACCCCCUGAUGUUUAUGAUUGAUGGAUUAACUAAUAAUUAUUAUAUUGUAUAUUAGAUUAUUUGCAAACGGUCAACUGAUGGCUUUGCCUUCCAAGGUAGUUGUAAUAGAUGGCUCAAUGUGAAAUUACAAGUCUGGUUUAUGUGAAUACUAAUUAUACAUAUAAAUAUAUCGAUUAGAAUGAAAGAAAGAAAGAAACAAUAUAUCAUGAAACAUGAUACAUGUGGUACUGCAAAUAAUUUAUUACAAUGCGUAUGUAUAUAACUUAUCAUAAAUGAAAAUAAUUGUUUCUAAGUUACAAUAUAUGCGCGCAUAUCACCACAUAAAUGUUGGAUGGUCAUAUUCUGGUUUCAAAGGACCAGUAUUAAGUAUAAGAAUAUUGUUAUAAAGAACUGAUAGAAUAGAACUUGGUCAAGCCGAUGCUGAGGUGGUACGAAAAUAAUGGUUAUUACGAAAAUAACAUCGUUGAAAACUUUGUUUUGUUGUUAUUUUUUUCUGUUCAAGAACGAUUUGAUCCAACUAAUGUACUGGAAUAUGAGAAAACUGAUUAAAUCGUUGCCUCUAUCAUUGAAAUCUGCAAUGACAGUCAUUUCGGUUUGCACGACUCAACCACAGUGCUAGGAAUUAGAAAUUGAUAACGGAAUAUGACCAACUGAACAGCAUACUAACCACGUUAUUGUAUAUUAAUUAACAUCCGCUAUGAAUUAUUAGGGAAAACGACGAGUUAACAAUUAAUCUCGACGUUGAAUCUUUACAUUUCAUGCUUAAGGAUGGAUAUUGUAAAUUAAAUUAGUGCGUCCGUUCCUUGACGUCAUUUAAAAUUGUACAUAUUAUGAAACACAUAUUUUGGUUAUAGUAUAUAUAUACAUAUAUAUAUAUAUAUAUAUUAUAUAUAUAUAAAAUAAAAUACGAAAAAAAUACAAAAAAAAAACACUUCGAUACACAUCGAAAUGAUUAUCACAAGUAUGUAGAUAAAUUCGAGAUUGAUGAGCUAUUUUUGUCCCAAAGUUAUUUGUCGUUCUCUAGUAUUAUCAUUGUAAUAAUUAUUUCUCUGAUUUAGCCAUCCAUUUUUUUUUUAAGAAAUACAAAAAAUUUUACUGUACAAAAUUUUCUUUUAAUUUUUGAUUGAUGCAAAUUACAAAUACGAUGAAUUAAUAAUGUUACAGCGUCAAAGCUAUAACCGUUAGAUCUUCUUGUGCGUAGGUGCCAGUAGCGGUAUUAUUAACUGUAAACAAAAGAAAGAAAUUCUUCGAGAGAUUAUUAGAAUUGUUAGUAUUAUUGUCAAUUUUUAAAUGUUUAAUGUUUUUAAUUGGUAUUCAGUGGUUCUAGGUGGUGAUUAGAGUGCGAAUAGCUAUCAUAUAAAUGUUGACACUUCAGAAGAAUUAGGCCUUAGUAAAUCCUCAAUCAAAUUAUCUGAUCAUCAGGUUUUAGAAUUCUUUUAAAAUAAAUAUUUACCUGUACAAAACUACUCAUAUUUCGCUUCCAUGAUUUUCCGAAAUCCAAAAUGCGGGUUUUGUAGACAAAAUUUCGUAGAGUAUAAAUUUCUAUAAUUCUGUUCAUAUAUGUUUGGAAGAAAAAUUGUCUGAAUUAGUGAGGAAUCGCUUCCUUUUUUCUCUUGAUAUAAUUCCUGUAAAAAUCUUUGGCAUAUAUACUACUACAUCAAUUCCUAGAAAAAAAAUUGUUUUUGAUAAAAACAAUACUCAGUACGUGGACCACUAUACAUAUAUUAUACUACACAACGAUUGAUAUCACAAUAAUAUAAUGAUAAAAGUAAAUUUUUUAUAAUAUCCUACUAGGGGAAAUAUUUGGAAGCUUAAAUUAAAUAUCAGAGAUAUAUAUAUUAUCCAUGAAAAUUUGAUUGAGGAGUGCAUAGUCAAUCUCCGGUUCAUUGGUUUCAAAGUAAAAAAAGUAUACAUAUAUUUUCCAAUCAUUCACAUUAAGUUAUAAGUUAGAAUUCAACGUGCAAUUAACUUAUGAAUGUUUCUGGGAAAUAUAUAUAUAUAUAUAUUUACGUAUAUAAGAAAAAAAAUAAACUUACAUUCUGUAAUAAAAUUUUAGAAGAAAUUAUUCGGAGACUAAAUUUAGUGUAAAAAUAUACAUAAACGUGAAUAAUAUCUAUGAAAACUCGAUUGAGAAGUGCACAGUCAAUGUUGGUUUAAAAAUAGAUUUUCCGAAGAAUCAUAUAUUUUCCACGCAUACUAUUUUUCAGUAUAAUUUUGUUAUUUAACGACAUUCGAUAAACACUCAUGAAAAAUAUUAUAAAUAAUUUAUGUUGCGGUAUAGUGGUGAUCCUGCGGCGAACCACUGUCGUAUUUGUUAUUUACAGAAUGUUCAUUGUUUCAUGUCUAGUGUGAAUAUAUCUGUUAUUUGUAGCAUCUGUCUAUGUGCCUAGCCCGCAUAGGUAUCUUUGAAUAGUCAGUUUGGUGAUGGAACAAAUUUAAAAUAACAAAGAGUCAAGAUCGGGUAUGCAAUAAUCAGAUACAGCAAUUUUUUUAUUCGAAUAAAAAAUGUAUACCUGACGUAUUAUACCUGUAAUAUUCGAUGGUUGACCAGUUUUAUAAAUUUGUGAAAAAUAAGGUGCGUAGUGACCACACGCUACAUUUUGAUGAUAAGUAUAUUCAGACGUAAGGUGGUAAAAAGAUAUACCAUAACGCUGAGAAUGUGAGAACUGAUUGUUUCUAUUAUUUUAAUGUAUAGCUAAAGACUAACCAGAAGAGUUAUUAAUUAGAUUUUAGCGAGCUAUUUCGAUGCGUUAUUUGAAUAAUCAAAGGACCUCAUUCAAUAAGAAUUAUUUGGAUUUUUAUUUUGGUUUGUAAGAAACUGAAUUGUGCCGACUGUCGCAAGUGCACCUUUGAUUUACUGCUGUCUUUGAAUCUAGAAAAUCGAGACUAUUUUUUUUUCUUUUUAAUUCUUAAUAAUGUAGCAUUUGUAGCCGCUGUGAAAGAAGGUUUUGAAAUAAUUGUAAAUCCUGGUUCAAAUGGUGUGAUUUAAGGAUAGGAGAAUUAUCGCAAUAUCCAGUGUUUAAAAUAUUGUUGGAUUUGCUUACAUACAUAACAACUAACAUGAAUUAGAAUAGCAACGGUUACAUAGAACGGACAUUUCCAUUUACUAUUAUUAUUAUCAUUUAUUUCUUUUGCAGGACCAGCUCUGGUCAAUUUAGUUUUUCCAUUAAAUAAUGAAUGUUCUUAUAACGUAUGCAUAACUUUUAACAAUUAGAUUGGGAUGAAGAGUUUUAGAUAAUUUUUAAAAGGUUUCUGGUCAUAAAUGGAGACUAUAAUGAAAAUGGUCAAAGUAUAAACUGAUUUGAACCAAUACCACUAAUUCUCAUUUCUGAAGAUUUUGAAGAAUAAUAAUAAUAACAUGGAAUGUACGUGUAGGUAAAUGGAAAUUAGAAAAAAGAAAUUUACUACUACUUCAUCAUUAAAAUUCAUUCUUGGAUUGAGUAUUAAAUAUAUAGAAAUUAUUAAUUUCUGAAUAUUUAAUCAGUGUUAUUGCCAUAUUUAUUAUCACAAGUCACUAGCAAUUUUACUGGUGGUAUAAGAGAAAUGAAAGAAAAAACGAGAAUAAAAAUAAAUAAAUAAAAAUAAGGGUAUAUAAAAAUGUUUUGUAUAUUGUGUUGAUAUGGGUAUACAUAUAAUAUAUACCGUACUAACUAUACUGUAAUAUGUAAUAUUAACAUUGUUCAAUGGGCUGUGGUAGAAAUCUUUGUAUACCUUGUGCACAUCAUCGAUCCAACGCUGAUCUGUUGAAAUAACUUAAUACAGAUUAAGAAACGGGUUGCGUUAAUAAUAGUAAAUGAUAUAUUAGUCUGCUAGCUAAAUAAAAUGUAAUUAUAUAUGUAUACUUGCUCAAUAACUGCUAAUUCACCUUAAAAUAAGGUGAGGCUGCAACAAGGCGCGCGUUAGUCAACAAAGUAUGAUAUUAUUACAGCAAAUGCUAAUACUACUAAUAUUGGUACUGUUAUCAUUAUUAUCUUUAUCAUCAUAAUCACGAAGAGAUAUAGUAAUGUAUCAAAUUCCAGAGUCAUAACGUAAAGAUAUAGAAUGGAUUCAAAAAACUUCAAGUACAAUAUACAUUAAGCUCUGAUUCCUGAUUCAGUUUCAUUGAAGAAUUGAUUGAAACAAAUUGUCAAGCACUAAAUAUAACUAAGUAACUUCGAGCUUUGAUAUGUGUGUUUGUAUUAUUGUGAUGAAUUUUUAUAGCUAGUCAAUGUUGACUAAACGAGCCUUUCGUAGCAAAUCUUCCCUAAUUAAAUUGAUGUGCACUUAAGUUUGUGCCGAGCGAUUUUCACAGCCGAUUUGAAUCUUUUUGCAAAGAUUUCUCUAAUCGCUAUAAUCGGUGUUAGCACAAACCUAAAUGUCUAUAGAUAUGUUAUUAUAGCGUUUAAUAAAUUUGGAGCUUAAAACAACCAUCUGUAUAACUGAAAUCUCUCUGUACCUUAAUAGAUUAUAUAUAACUUUGUCGCAAGUGCUGGUAUUUUGUGAGUGAGAUACUUUAGUAUUGACGAGAUUGCUUGGGUUGUCAUAUCAUAUGAAUCUCGCUGUUUCUUUUUUUAAACUUAAGAUGUUUUCUAUAUUAUGAUCAAUACGCCGCAAAUUGUGCUUUCUAAAGCGUUUCAGCGAGUAUAAGGAGAUUGAUGAUUGAAGUAUAAACCGUUUUAUCUAUGUGUUAACUGAAACUUGCUGGUAUCAGCAGUCGCAUUUUGUGAAAAGUGUCCUUUCUAUGUAAACUUGUUUAUCCCAAAAAUGAUUAAUAAAUGGUAUCUUUCAUGUUCA